AAUUUCCGUUGCAUCAUAGGUUGAAGCAUGCGCCUUGUCAUUUUCAGUCAUUGGUUGAUCAAAGAUUUUUUAAAAUUACAAUAAUCGGAUAAUCGGGCCAUCGCUCAAGAGUUGAACUGUGAUAAGUUUAUUUUAAGGUUGUUGUGAUUUAUCUGAUGUGCAUUUAAGUGAAAUAAAGUGUAUAGUCAAGAUGCUUAUCAAAGAAUACCGUGUUACUCUUCCAUUAACUGUAGAAGAGUACCAAGUUGCGCAGUUAUAUUGUGUAGCAGAAGUCUCCAAAAACGAAACUGGUGGUGGUGAAGGCAUAGAAGUAAUUAAAAAUGAACCUUUCAAAGACUUUCCCUUACUUGGUGGCAAAUACUCAUCGGGCCAAUAUACAUACAAAAUCUACCACUUGGCGUCGAAGGUGCCAGCAUUUAUCAGACUCUUGGCACCAAAAGGCUCCUUAGAAGUUCACGAAGAGGCAUGGAACGCUUACCCUUACUGCCGGACUGUAUUAACGAAUCCCGGUUAUAUGAAAGAGAACUUCAUAAUUUGCAUAGAAUCCUUACAUGUACCAGACAUCGGAGACCAGCAAAAUGUACACGAGCUCUCGCCCGAGAAGUUGAAGAUGCGCGAGGUGGUGCACAUCGACAUCGCCAACGACCCGAUGUCGGCCGCCGACUACAAGCCGGAGACUGACCCCACCAAAUUCAAGUCCGUCAAGACUGGCCGCGGCCCGCUCGUGGGGCCCAACUGGAAAGCCGAGCAGAACCCCAUCAUGACGUGCUACAAACUUGUCACCGCCGAGUUCAAGUGGUUUGGUCUACAGAGCAAAGUGGAAAAUGUGAUCCAAAAGUCAGAACGACGGUUAUUCACCAUCUUUCAUAGACAAGUAUUCUGCUCCAUGGAUGAUUGGUUCGGCAUGACAAUGGCGGACAUCCGCGCGAUCGAAGAGAAGACCAAGGAAGAAUUGGAGAAGCUUCGUCGCGAGGGUGAAGUGCGCGGCAUGCGCGCUGACAACGAGUAGAUGCGCCGUGCGUGCGUGUGGAGUUGCAUGCGUGCGUGCAGACGUGCAUACGUGUGUGCGUGUGGACAUGCAUACGUGCAUGUGGACGUACAUGCGUGCGAGUGUCGGAGCGUCGGGCGCGGGAACAUGUAACAUGUAAGCUGGCUAAAUUGUAGUAAACGAAUGUAUUAAAUUAAUAUUAGAGUUUUAUGAGGCACUAGUUUUUGAAUUCGCCCAAAAUAACGUUAUUUAGUCGUUAUUUACCUACGUGUAUUUAUAAUUAUAAUAUCGUCGCUUUUAUGGCAAAACAUUCGACAUGAAAAAGGCAAUUCCAGAAACCCAAUCUAAAGGGAACUAUGUAUUUAAUAGACAACUUUUAUUUGAAUUUUAUUUUAAUGCUAAUUUAAAAAGCGUUUUGCCACAGAAGUGACGAUAUCGUUUCGAGGUGCCAGAACCAUGUCUUCUCUAAUAAAUAAAGUUGUUCCUGCGUUUCACGUUUCAAUUUACUCUCGCACAAUGCCCGAGCCUCAAAUUCGGAGAUUGCGUUUUAAGAUGACUGCUGGCAGUCGUGAGCUCAUUAUUUAUAUUGACAUAUUAAUAUAUUUUAAUAUGUAAGGCCGUUUCAGAAUAAAUGCAAUAUUACAACUCUUA